AUGGCUCCUCUUCACGGUGAGAUGGUUUUUGUUGAACCUGUAUUUUGUCCUCAGGCUGUUUUAGACUGGUAUGCAUGUGGAUCUAGGGAGAAGAAGAAAGAACUCAUGGAAAAUCGCAAUGUUAAGAGUAGUGAGAUCAGCUUACGAGCGAAGAAGCAUCUGUUGGCAGUUGGGUGGGAAAUGUCAUAUGCUGAGAAGAAAGGAAAGAAUCCCGAGUUGCGUUAUAAAUCCCCAAACGGGAGGUAUUACCAUUCUCUCCGAAUGGCCUGCUUUGAAUGCAUGAAAGACCUUGGACUUCAUUCUAAAGAUAUGACUUCAAGAACUGAUCAGAUGCUGAUGCAAAGCAUGGUUAAACAAGAUGGAUUGGAUGGUGCAGUUUUAGGAAGUAGAAAGCAAAGAAACCCAUCAGAUCAAGAUGUAAAUACUUGGGAAUCUAGGAAAGGAAAGGUUACAGUAGUUGUACCAGAACUUGGGACUUCAAGAACUGAUCAGAUGCUGAUGCAAAGCAUGGUUAAACAAGAUGGAUUGGAUGGUGCAGUAUUAGGAAGUAGAAAGCAAAGAAACCCAUCAGAUCAAGAUGUAAAUACUUGGGAAUCUCGGAAAGGAAAGGUUACAGUAGUUGUACCAGAGCAUGGGACUUCAAGAACUGAUCAGAUGCUGAUGCAAAGCAUGGUUAAACAAGAUGGAUUGGAUGGUGCAGUUUUAGGAAGUAGAAAGCGAAGAAACCCAUCAGAUCAAGAUGUAAAUACUUGGGAAUCUUGGAAAGGAAAGGUUACAGUAGUUGUACCAGAGCAUGGGACUUCAAGAACUGAUCAGAUGCUGAUGCAAAGCAUGGUUAAACAAGAUGGAUUGGAUGGUGCAGUUUUAGGAAGUAGAAAGCGAAGAAACCCAUCAGAUCAAGAUGUAAAUACUGGGAAAUCUCGGAAAGGAAAGGUUACAGCAGUUGUACCAGAGCAUGGGCACAUUGUGAAAUUGACUCCUCACCGCAAACCUCGAUGUAUUCUGUCUUUGCUCAUAGAUGAGAAUGCAAUACUGCCAAAUGCAAAGGUAUACUAUAUUGGUAGAAAAGGCCAGCGGCGAAUGAAAGGAGGGAAGAUAACUCGUAAUGGGAUCAGUUGCGAUUGUUGUCAGAAGGUGUUCACUCUAAGUGGUUUUGAAGCUCAUGCUGGCAGCACUUAUCGUAGACCUGCUGCUAGUAUUGUUUUAGAAGAUGGAAGAUCUUUGUUAGAAUGUCAGACACAUAUGUUACACAAGUGUAAGACCCCAAGACCUAAGUCACAUAAGAGAAUCGAAAGCUGUCUACCUCAAUAUCAGAGUGAUUACAUAUGCUCUAUCUGUAACUAUGGCGGUGAAUUAUUAUUAUGUGAUCGAUGCCCUUCUGCCUUCCAUCUAAGCUGCCUUGGUCUAAAGGAUUUGCCUGAAGGAAAAUGGUUCUGCUCAUCAUGUAGGUGUGGCUUAUGUGGUCAAUUAAGUGAAUUAAGUGGAAAUGUUGAGGAGUUCACAAAAACAAUGGCUCUGCAUUGUGAUCAAUGUAGACGGGGUUAUCAUGUUGGGUGCUUAAAAGAAAGAGGACUGGCUACCAAGCUGGAAGGUCAUGAUCUAAAAGGAAAAUGGUUUUGCAGCAACAAAUGUGAAAAGAUAUUUAUUGGUCUCCAUGAAAUCUUAGGCAAAUCAUUUCCUGUGGAUGCUAAUAAUUUGUCUUGGGUUAUUUUGAAUUCUGUUAAAGAUGAUAGGGGUGACCCUGAGGAAUCAUAUGUUGCUGAUCAGGUCAGGACAGAGUGCUACAGAAAGCUGAAUGUUGCACUAGAUGUAAUGCAUGAAUGUUUUGAGCCAAUUAAUGAACCUCGUACAAAUAGUGAUAUAAUAGAAGAUUUAAUAUUCAACAAGUGGUCAGAGCUAAACCGGCUAAAUUUUCUAGGGUUCUACACUGUGCUUCUGCAGCAGAGAGGUGAACUGAUCGCAGUGGCUACUGUUAGGAUCCAUGAUGAGAAGGUUGCUGAAGUACCACUCAUUGCUACUCGCUUUCAAUAUCGUCAAAAAGGGAUGUGUCGUCUUCUUAUGAAUGAGCUUGAGAAGAAACUCAGAGAACUAGGAGUGGAAAGGUUGGUUUUGCCUGCUGCUGCUAAAAUGUUGAGCAUGUGGACCACUUACUUUGGGUUCUCAAAGAUGACAGACUCAGAAAGAUUGAAGUAUAUAGAGUAUACUUUUUUGAAUUUCCAGGACACUAUCAUGUGUCAGAAACUGUUAAGGAAGAUUUCUUCAGCAAACCUAGGUUAUGAGUGCAUUGGUUUUGAUAGGUGCAGCAUUGAUUCUGAAGUGACUCAAGAAGAUCAAAUUGAACAAAGUGAAGUGACGCAAUUGCAGCAAACUGAAGAAUGGUAUAAGAUGAUGUGCCCUGAUUUUUUCUGUGACGACUUUCUUGAACAAAGUGCAAAAGUGGAGCAGUUGCAGCAAGAGAAAAAAUCAGAUGAGAGGAUGGAAUGCUUGCAGCCUGAUCAGAAAGAUGAAGAAUUUUGGAAAGAUUUUUUGUGUUCUGAUGUCUUGAAUGAUGACUCACUUUAUUAUCCCAGUUGUAACAAGAAUGACACAUAAAUACUGGCUAUUUCUUGGUUAAGA